AUGUCAGAACCACCAGCCUACAUCUCCAUCUCAACCCGCAAAUGGGAGCAAGUCAGCAACCUGAUCCCGGCCGAAUGGCGUCUAGACGGUAAAUAUGUUCCCCGCGCAAUGCGCGUGUCGCCGCUGGAAUCGGUACAUCAACUUGACACAUUUGAGCAUGAGUAUGAGACGAAUCUAUUAGACGUUCCGCGGGAAUGUGGCAUAUUGAGUGCAAAGGAAGUAAAUAUAACGGAGGGAUAUGAUGUCAAGGGACUGCUGAGAGAGAUUGCGGAGAAGGGGUUCAGUGCGGAGGAGGUUGCAUUGGCGUUUUGCAAGAGAGCAGCUAUCGCGCAGCAAUUGACCCGCUGCCUAACAGAGCCCUUAUUCACAUCCGCCCUCCAACAAGCCCGCAACCUAGACACCCAUCUUGCGCGCACAGGUCAGCCCAUCGGUCCUCUGCACGGACUCCCCAUCUCCAUCAAGGACAGCUUCAACAUCGCCGGCGUUGACUCAUCCCUCGGCGUCGCGGCACUAUGCUCCAAGCCCGCUUCUGGUAGCGAUGCCUCCCUCGUGCAACUUCUGCGCUCUUUGGGGGCAGUCAUAAUCGCCAAAACGAACAUUCCGCAGACGCUGGGAUUGCUGGAUAGCGUAAACCAUGUCUUUGGGCGCACGCUGAACCCAUUGAACCAAAGACUCACGCCCGGCGGGAGUUCGGGCGGUGAAGGUGUCCUCGUCGCUAUGCGCGGGUCAAUGAUAGGGUUUGGCACGGAUGUGGGUGGGAGUAUACGUAUUCCGGCAAUGUGUAACUAUAUCUAUGGCUUGAAGCCAAGUGUAGGGCGAGUGUCGUAUGAAGGUCAGACGGGGUUUGGGCUCAACGGAACUAGGGCUGUGGCACUCAAAGCUGUGGCGGGGCCGAUUGCGAGGKCAGUAGCUGAUAUUGACUAUGUAAUGAGGGAGAUUGUGCCAAGGGGGGAGCGGAUUGCGAAUGAUUGUAUUCCUGGCACUUGGCCGGCUGCUUCUACGCAGUUUUUGGGGAAGAGGGGGAAGUUGAGAGUUGGUAUAUUGCGCAAUGACGGGCUCGUUACGCCUCUACCGCCAAUUUCCAAGCUGUUGGAAGAAGUGUCUCGAAUCCUUGCGGGCAGCAAAAUCGCUGAUAUUGAGGUAAUCGAUAUCCCCACUCCGCCAAUUAUGAAGCAAUGCUUCGCGAACGCAGGCAGAUUAAUGAGCGUCGACGGCGGUGUGCCCAUGCUCGACCUCAUCUCAUCAACGGAUGAGCCACUCGUGCCAUCACUCAAACAUACAAAGCGUCGAAAACCGUACACAGUCGAGAAACUAUGUGCACUCAAUGCAGAACGCGAAGAUAUCGAGAUUGCUAUGCGGAAGGCGUUGUGGUCGUCAGGAAAUGUCGAUGCAAUAAUAUUGCCUGUAGCAGCCCAUCCAGUGCCCAGACAUGAUCAGUACGGAUGUGUCUCGUACACGAGCGCCUUUAAUUUGCUUGAUUAUCCCGCCGGUAUUAUACCAGUGCGGAAAAUGACCCAGGCAGAUCUCGAGCUUGAGAUUGGUGGUGAAAAGGUUCUGUCGAGGUGGGAUGCGGAUAAUAAGAAGCUUUGGGAUAGAUCGGUAUAUCUGGAUUCGCCGCUGAGCGUGCAGGUCAUUACGCCAAAGCUGCAUGACUAUGAGCUUUGUCAGGCUAUGGGGAUUAUUGAUGAAACCUUGAAAGAUUAUUAUGCUCGAAAUCGGGCUGAGAGGGCUAUGCUUUGA